UGCGCCGCUGCCUUCCUGAGUGAGCCAGGAGGGAACCCAAGAAGACAGAGCCCCCAGCCCGGCGCCAGGCCCCUCCCCGCCCGCCACCACGGAGGAGAAGGAGGACAGCCAGCCUCUCUGGCCCUGGCCUGGCCCAGCCGGGGCAGUAGGCUCCUACCUGCCCCCGGCUCGGUGCCCACACGGGCCCAGCGCAUGAGCAGCUGAGCCUGCUAACUGCCGCGCCACCUGUCCGUCCCCACACGCUGCGCCAUGUCCGGCUCCUACGACGAGGCCUCGCUGGCUCCAGAGGAGACCACCGACAGCUUCUGGGAGGUGGGGAACUACAAGCGGACGGUGAAGCGCAUCGAUGACGGCCACCGUUUGUGCAACGAUCUGAUGAGCUGCGUGCAGGAGCGCGCCAAGAUCGAGAAGGCCUAUGCUCAGCAGCUCACCGACUGGGCCAAGCGCUGGCGCCAGCUCAUCGAGAAAGGCCCACAGUACGGCAGCCUGGAGCGCGCCUGGGGUGCCAUGAUGACCGAGGCGGACAAGGUGAGCGAGCUGCACCAGGAGGUGAAGAACAGCCUGCUGAACGAGGACCUGGAGAAGGUCAAGAACUGGCAGAAGGACGCCUAUCACAAGCAGAUCAUGGGCGGCUUCAAGGAGACCAAGGAGGCAGAAGAUGGCUUCCGCAAGGCCCAGAAGCCCUGGGCCAAGAAGAUGAAGGAGCUGGAGGCAGCCAAGAAGGCCUACCAUCUGGCCUGCAAAGAGGAGAAGCUGGCCAUGACACGGGAGAUGAACAGCAAGUCGGAGCAGUCAGUCACAGCCGAGCAGCAAAAGAAGCUGCAGGACAAAGUGGACAAGUGCAAGCAGGAUGUGCAGAAGACACAGGAGAAAUAUGAGAAGGUGCUGGAAGAUGUGGGCAAGACCACGCCCCAGUACAUGGAGGGCAUGGAGCAGGUGUUUGAACAGUGCCAGCAGUUUGAGGAAAAGCGGCUGGUCUUCCUCAAGGAGGUGCUGCUGGACAUCAAACGUCACCUCAACCUAGCUGAGAAUAGCAGCUACAUGCACGUGUACCGUGAGCUGGAGCAGGCCAUCCGGGGGGCUGAUGCCCAGGAGGACCUCAGAUGGUUCCGCAGCACCAGUGGCCCUGGCAUGCCCAUGAACUGGCCCCAGUUUGAGGAGUGGAACCCAGACCUCCCUCACACCACCGCCAAGAAGGAGAAGCAGCCCAAGAAGGCAGAGGGAGUGACGCUGACCAAUGCCACUGGGGUGGUGGAGUCCACAUCCCAGGCUGGGGACCGUGGCAGCGUGAGCAGCUACGACAGGGGCCAGCCCUACGCCACGGAGUGGUCCGACGACGAGAGCGGGAACCCCUUCGGGGGCGGUGAGGCCAACGGGGGUGCCAACCCCUUCGAGGACGACGCCAAAGGAGUGCGCGUGCGGGCGCUCUACGACUACGACGGCCAGGAGCAGGACGAGCUCAGCUUCAAGGCCGGAGACGAGCUCACCAAGCUGGGCGAGGAGGAUGAGCAGGGCUGGUGCCGCGGGCGGCUGGACAGCGGGCAGCUGGGCCUCUACCCCGCCAACUACGUGGAGGCCAUCUAGCUGCCACGCUCCCCACACCCCUCACUCCUUGCCCACCGCCUCCCCCUUCCCACUCUCGUCUCCUUUCCCUCGCCAUAGAGUUCCAGACAUAUUUUCCGAUCAAGCUUUUAUUUUUUUAAAAGUCAAAACAGAACAAAACAAAAAAUACAGAGACAGAGCAUUUGCAGGGCCACCCGGAGGCCAGGGUGGUAGGGCUUGGGAUGAUGGCCCCAGGGCAGGUGAGGGUCUUAGGACAUAGCCCAACAUCACAACAUUUGCUCUUCAGGUUCCACCAAAGAGUCCCCUGAGCCUUGAGGGAUGUCUCCUGGACCCUCUACCCUGCCUUACCUCCGUCCCACUCCCUCCAGGCCAUGGCGCCUGCUCCUGCUCCCUGGGCCUGGUUUCCUAACCUCUUCUUCCCCGCACCCUAUUCCCCUUCCACCACCACCCUACUCUCAAGGCCUCCCCUCCAGACCCCGAGAAGGGAGGCCCUCCAAUCUUUAGUCUUCCACUCUGCCCUAGGGAGUGCCCCUCUAGUCCUAGCCCCAUCCUGGUCACCCUCCUCCACCAUAGACGCUCCCAGGCGUCCCUAGACUCCCCGCACAUGCAGAGGGGUGAGCUGGAGGAAGUGAUGGUGUCCCUGGGAUACAGGAGGUGUCUGUGCCGCCCUCCCAGCUCCAGGCCCAUGUGAGGGACCAAGGCCCUGUGUGGGCCCUCCUUUCCAGCGGUCAGUACUUUGGGCACGGGCUCUUCCUCAGAGCCAUACCCCUUAGUAACUUGCAGAGACCCUGCCCCCUCACAAGUCCUCUGGCAGGGGUGGGGACCCAAAACUCACAGCAUAGCCAGCAACAGUAGCAGCCUCCUCCCGUUUCUUGGGGAGGAGGGCAUCUCGCCCCCCACCUGCCUUCCCUCCCUGUCCAUCCAGAACCAUAGGGUCACUGGGCUCAGCACGAGCCUCCAUGAGACCAGGCCUUGUGCCUGCAAGACUCAGCCCGACCACCAGGCCCUUCUCUGGCCUGCCUGGGAGACGGUGCGGGGCCCGUCAGAGGAAAGCCUGCAGCUGAGUUUGGCAGGAAACGGGAGCCCGGGCCCUCUGGAGCAGGAUAGUCACCAUGUCUUUCUCCCUUGUCCCCCAGCCCCCAGAACAACAUUCCCCUGCUGGCAGCCCCUCAAUCUCUCCAAGCCUGGGUCAUAAUUAAAGGACUUUUGGGGGUGGGUCGGGGCGAAGGGCCCAUCUGGUUGGUGACAGCAGUAGUGUGGAGUGCUAGGUACCAGCCCCCCUACAGGAUUCGGGGGGCUUGGGAAGCAGACCAGCACUGGACAAGAUCACAAGAGGUGGGGGCGUAGCUGGGAGAGAUAUCUCUUGGGGACCUCCGGGGCGAGGAGCUGAGAAGCCCUAUGGUCCCAGUGAGACUUGUUACAGAAGAUGCCACUGCUGGGCCUCUGGACUACAGACACUCCUCCCUACUGUACCCCCGUGCUAGCAGAGAGCGUGCUAGCCCAGCCCCCCGACAGCCCUCAGCCCUUCGCUCCCUGCUGCUGCUGCUCCCAGCAGCCCGCUGUUGAGGAGUAGAAGACCCCAGCCUCAAGGCUCCGGCCUGCAUGUGGGCACAGAGAAUCCUGACAGACCCUGGCACGGGCCCAAACUGGGACAGGCCUCCUUCGGGGCUGGGGGUGAUGGCAGCCCAGGGACAGGCAAUCCUCACCGCCUGCCACCAGCACCCCUGUCCUUAUCACUGCCUGGUCUCUGGGCCUUGGCUGCAGCCGGAGAUCCAGUGUCCUGGCUGGGCUCUGCAGAGCUGGAAGCAAGAUUUUGGAAGCUUGCUGUCCUCCCAGCUCUGGAAUGAAAGCCUCUCCUACCUUUCCCAGGCAGAGUUGGGGUUGGGACCGCUGCCCCUCACCGGCACAUCUGCACCUUGGGGCCUGGGCUCCCCUUCUCUGUGCCAGAGGCUUUUGAGCUCCAGGGAGGGGCUGCAGCCCUGUCUGGCCCCCAGGCCUGUCCGUCUUAGCACUCUAGCUGCCCAUGCCAGGGCAGGGACUUAGACCCCCAUCCCUUCUGAGCAGUCACUUCCAUGGCCAUUUAGGACCACUCUCUUUCGGUCCCCAGGCUCCUCAGGACCCCAGAGCAGGAGGGUCUCCUACCUGGAAGUCCCCAAGCCCCAGGAGCCCAGCCCCACCCGUCAGUGCUGGUAUCAGGGCACUCAACACCUAGUGGGGGCUGCGCCCCUCGCUGUGCCCACAGCCGUCUCCUGUAGCCCCCACCCGCACCCUCGAUGCUGCACGGGCCCGCCCAGUGGGGCUCAGCGAUAACGUGUUUGUCCCCAGUUAACCACCAUUCUGUGGCCUGGUUCUGCGAGGAGCCAGAGCCACCCUGCCACCCGCCACCCUAGGCUUCCUGACUCCAUUAGUUCUGACACUUGUGAAACUCCGAAAAGUGCUGUGGUCUCAGCAAUGCACCUGUUUUGUACAUGAUUGUGUAAUUUAAGGGUAUAUAAAUACAAAUAUAUAUAUAUAAGUUGUGAUUGUAUGACUGUGGAUAAAACCCAGAACUGUGUCAACCUGG